AUGAUUCGACACAAUAAACCCAUCAAUCCCAUGCUCAAUCGCCAAGGCCACAUCCUCCCCGGACGUAACGCCCUUCAACCACAGCUGCAUUUUCGUCUGACUCCUCAACCACUGAAUGGCAGAGUCCCAAUUCAAGCUCGGAUCAUAAUCGAAGCUUUUCGGUUCGGUGGUAGAUUGUCUUCGAGCUGUUCGCGGCCUGACAGCAGGAGGUUAGGCCAUUCCAUCCCUCGGGUAGGACGAAUUGGUUGCGGUAUUCAUUCAGGCAGCGUCCAAGCAUGGGCACGUCGACGGAGAGGGGAGUGUGUUACGACUGCCCCUGUUGAUGGAGGUAAUAGGAGGGGGAGUGAUAUUUUUAAGGCGCUUGCGCUGGGGGCGAGUUUUUGUUUUGUGGGGAGGAUACCGAUUUGGGGGCUUGCUUGCAAUGGACAAGAAGGUGUUGAGCUCGGUUUGAGGAUCCUGAUGCAGGGACUGAAGUUGACGAUGGGCCUUGCUGGAUGUCGGUCGAUCAAGGACAUUUCGAGGAAUCAUGUAACAUAUCUGAAUUCUGAUGGCAUCCUGGCCAAGCUGUAA